AGCUCCUGGCAAGAGAAAAGUCAAGCCGGUCCCAAGUAGCAGAGUGCAAGUUAAUUUUGAUGGACUGGAUGACAGCGAAGAAGACAGUGACUUUGACAUUAAUAAACAUUCCCAAGAUGAUGAUGCUGAAAGUGACAGCGAUGAAGUCGAUGAUGGUGAAAUAGAUGACAAGUACGCCGCAAAGGAGAAUUUGCAAAGACAUGUAGAAGAGAGAGAGAACCUCAGUGAAAAUGAUGAAGAGGAUGAUGAUAGUGAGGCAGAUUCGUCUGAGUCUGAAACUGAGCCUGAAGGCGAGAACAUGGAGGAGCUUAAUACUGAUGAUGAUAAUGAUGAUGAUGAAGAGGAGGAGGAGGACGGCAGUGAAGAUGGCAGGGGAAAUAAUCAUUCUGAGAGUCCAGAGAUUAAAGGUAUGUUUAGUUUGGGCCAUGCCUGGGACAUGAUCGACAGCGAUGAAGAUGACGAGGAUUAUGUACCUCGAAAGCGGAAAAAGAAAUCUGCAAAGACAGGAGACAAACCUGAAAAUCUACCAGCAUCGGCUGAUCUCCCCAAAGAUGAUUCCAUGGCUGUGCAGAUUCUUGCCCCUCAUGAGAGAAUCAAAGUUCUUGUCUGCUGCGUCUGCUUAUCUGACAGAAGUGCUGACGAUGAUGAGAUUGUCGAGUGCGACAACUGUGGGGUGUCUGUCCAUGAGGGCUGCUAUGGCAUCAGUGAAAGUCAUUCCACGGCCAGCACUGAAUCAUCUGCUAGUACGGAGCCCUGGUUUUGUGAUGCAUGUAAAGCCAAUUUGAAACCU